AUGUCGGCGCUGCUGGGACCCUUCCCGUCGUGGCCCGAGCGGCUGGAGGGCGCGGGCGAGGCGCUGCCGCCGCCGGCGCGCGCCGACAAGGGCGCCGAGAGCCGCAUCCGACGGCCCAUGAACGCCUUCAUGGUGUGGGCCAAGGACGAGAGGAAGCGGCUGGCCGUGCAGAACCCCGACCUGCACAACGCGGAGCUCAGCAAGAUGCUCGGCAAGUCGUGGAAGGCGCUGAGCCUGGCGCAGAAGCGGCCCUACGUGGAGGAGGCCGAGCGGCUGCGGGUGAAGCACAUGCAAGACUACCCCAACUACAAGUACCGCCCGCGGCGCAAGAAGCAGGUCAAGCGCAUCUGCAAGCGCGUGGACCCGGCCUUCCUGCUGGGCGGCCUCGCGCGGGACCAGAACGCCGUGCCGGACAAGCGGACGGGCACCCGGGUCCCCGGCGACAAGGAGGCGCCCGGUGAGUUCCUGCCGCCYGCGCGGGGGUACCGGGACGCCCCGUCCGGCAACGGCACCACCAACGUGGACACCUACCCCUACGGGCUGCCCACGCCACCGGAGAUGUCCCCGCUGGACGCCCUCGACGCCGAGCAGAGCUUCUUCUCGUCGCCGUGCGCCGAGGAGCACCACCGGUCCCACCUGGCCGGAGCGCCCUUCUCGCCCGAGUACGCGGCGCCCUCRCUGCCCUGCAGCCCCCACGCGCUCGGCGCCUGCAUGAUGCCCCCAGCCGCCGCCUGCCCGGCCCUUCCUCCUCCUCCCGGCUACUACGCGCCCGCUUUCCACCCCGUCCAGCACCCCCAGAACCUCCCCGGCCACCUGGGCCAGCUCUCGCCGCCCCCCGAGCAUCACCCAAGCUUCGACAGCCUGGACCAGCUGAGCCAAGCGGAGCUGCUGGGGGACAUGGACCGCGACGAGUUCGACCAGUAUCUGAACAGCCCCGGGCACGGCGAGCACGGCGGGCACGGGGCAGCGGCGCCGGCGGCCGGCGCCUCCGAGAACAGCCUCAUCUCCGUCCUGGCGGACGCCACGGCCACCUACUACAACCACUACAGCGUCUCCUAGGCCGCCGGGAGCCCCCCCGGCUGGAUGAGGAGGGACGUGGCCGGGAGCCGGAGCUGCCGCCGGGAUGUCGGUGGGCGUCGAGCGUCGGGUUGCGCUGCGGCCGCUUCCCUUUUCCCAGYGCCAGGAGGGCGGCAGCAUCCCUGAAAUCC